GCCGAGUUUAGGAGGAAGGAAGAAGAAGAUGUUAGAUAUAUCCAUGGAAAGUGUGUAGUGUAAGCAUGAAAAAUGAAAAAGAAGAAGAAGAAGAAGAAGAAGGAAAGCAACGUGGACAUUAAAGAGAGUAGGAGGAGCGUUGGGGUAGCAUUUAAAGCUCGUACGCCUAACAAAGUUUCAUCACAUUCACCCAUUCAACCUCAUCACAUCACAAACUCUCAAACUCUCAAAAACUGCACCACAUCAUGGCAAACGACGCCGUUCUCAGAACCUGCCUUCUCUGGCUGGCCGCAGUUAUUUUAGCCGUUGGCAUAUUCACCCACUCUUUGAAGAAGAUGAUGGUGACCUACGUCUUCGGAGUUCUUGGGAUUGCGGCGCUUCUCCUUCCUGAUUGGGAUUACUUCAACCGUGAUUUCUCUCGUUGGACUUACCCUGUGACUGCUGAGGAAAGGGCGAAUUCUCCACAUGCCCAAGGAUCUGGAUUUCUCAGGUUUGCUCAUUCUCCUCUAAGGGUGAUUGUUUAUAGUGUGGUUUAUGGAUGUGCUAUGUACAAAUGGUGGGAGUAUGUUUCAAGCUAAUCAUUAAACUUUCCCAAUAUUAUAUGUAAGCUUUACCCUUUUCUUCAUUUCAUUUUUUCACUGCAUCACUGAUUGUCCAAGAGAUUCUUCUUUUCGUUCUUAUUUUUUGUCGUUUGUCAAACUUUUUCGACUGUAACUCAAAUACAGGCAAAGUGCGAUCGAUUUUUAUAUGGAUAGAACAAAGGCUUCUUCCUCUCA